ACACUUCUGCAGCGAACGAUCCCUACCAUAAUUAUAACCAAUCUGAAAUUUAAACUAGCUAUAAAGAUGAGUGCAGCAGAGUCUUCCAAGCCUCGUGUCAAUACUUCCAUGCUGUCCAAGCACAUUGGAUCUCGUGUCUGUUUAGUAGGAAAGAACUUAGGAGUAAUGAAAGGUGGUACUUCGCUCAAUUUGGAGGCCAGUGACAAACAGACAGUUACUGCGAAUUUUCCUCAACCAUUGCGCGACCCACUGGACACUUAUGUGGAGUUGCUUGGAAAGGUGGAGAACGAUUGCUCCAUCAGUGUCGAGAGAAUUGUUAAUUUUGGAAAUGAUUUUGAUCUGGAUGUAUACAAUGAAGUGAUACAAAUUACUUCAAAGUUUCCCUCGCUGUUCCCUCAGGAAUCACAAGAACAAAUGCAAUACUAACAACUUAUAUUAUUAUUAUUGUGUUUUUCUCCUAAUUAUGUCUCAGCAUUCUUGACUAAUGAGUUCCCAGUCUCAGCAAACCAAUUGAAUAUAAAUAAUAACA